AUCCAGUGGGCACCGAGGACCACAACGACAUUACUGAGGUGCUGACGGCAGUGCAGGCGAUGACACGUGUCCAACCUCCUAUCCCUGAGGCCCCGAUUGAGGAGGCAGCUAUGCCUACCGGCCCAAGCACGAGCACAGCUCCGGCCGGAUGUCAAUCUCGUCCGCUUGUUGCUACCCCCCAGCUUGUCCCUGCCCCCGAUCCCUCUGCAUCCACCUCACAUGCAUCUGCCAGCCCCACCAUACCUUCAUCCACCCCACAUCCAUCCCCUACCGUCACCAUCCCUUCACCCAACCCACAUUCAGCUCCUACGCCCACCAUCCCUUCACCUAGCUCACAUCCAGCCCCUACGCCCACCAUCCCUUCACGUAGCCCACAUCCAGCCCCUACGCCCACCAUCCCUUCACCCACCCCCCAUCCAUCUCCUUGCCCCACCAUCCCUCCACCCACCCCACUUCCUUGUGAUGGGUCUGACGUCCGUCCACCCACCCCACAGUCAUUUCUUCAGCUGUCACCCAUUCCAUCCUUUGACCUGGGUACCCCACCUGACAUGCAGCAGGAGCCACCCUCCCAUAGUUCGUUUAGUACCCCUUCUUCAGCCAUUGACGCACCCCAUGUUCAGGCUGAGCAGGCGGUUGGGUUACCUACAGCGGCUGAAGCUCGGCCUAAACGCAUAUCAAAGGCACCUCCGUGUGGGACAGGGGGGCACAAACAUGGACACAAUGUUGGGCCUGAGGCAUCUGACGAAGGACAUGCAAGACCUCCUCCUCAUUAUACGAGACGGCGUAAGAUUCAAAAAAGGUAGAAAUGGACAUGGAAGAGACUUGUGGAUGGAAAUGGAAAUUUAUCUGGACUGCAAGAAAGAAUGCCUGAGAAUAACAUAGUACCCCCUCUAGGAGAAGAUACACCUGAUGGCUUAGGGAAGAAUUACAGCUACUCCAGGAGCCUGGAUCAUUCAUGCUAUUUUCUGGCUGCUGUAAUUCCUUCCUAACUCUCUCUGAUUGC